AUGAUGAGCGAGGAUGAGCAUCAAAGGGUGCUGGCCGUUAGGACGGUCGCGGCCGUUUUCAUGCCCAUAGCCGUUAUCACGGUGAUGCUGCGCUGUUAUGUGCGCGGAUGGGUCGUCAAAGGCUUUGGAUUGGAUGAUGGUUCCAUGGUGCUUGCAGCGGUAAUACACCCUUUUACGUUGAUCCGCGCUGACACGAACCCACGGACUAAUGGCAGUCAAUUGUACGAGCAUGAAACCGCGGAGCAUCGAGUAAUAGCUAUGAGGUAUUGGUGGCUCUGCGAGAUCGCCUACUGCUUCGCCUCGAUUUUUUGCAAAAUUUCGAUUUGCAUUUUCCUCAUGCGAAUCACAGUCAAGAGACAUCAUAUCUGGACGCUUUACAUCGUCAUGAUCCUGACCGUUAUUGCUGGUCUGGUAUUCAUGUUUCUAAUGCUUUUGCAAUGCAAGCCACUGUCCUAUUUCUGGACACGACUGGGCACCGAUGCCGAAGGCUACUGCAUCAGUAUCGAAAUUAUUAUUAUUAUGACUUAUGUCUACAGUGUUUUUGCCGCAGUUUGCGAUUUCACCGUUGGCAUUUUGCCAAUUUUCCUCGUGCGAAAUUUGCACAUGAAACGACAAGCAAAGUAUGCCGUCGUUGGGAUUCUCAGUAUGGCUUGCAUUGCGUCCUCUGCUGUGAUCAUUAGGUUGCCAUUCGUGCAAACCUUCGCGGACUACCAGUUCCUCUAUGCCACCUACCAAAUCGCGAUCUGGUCGAACAUCGAAGCCGGCCUUGGAAUCACAGCCGGCAGUCUCGCAACUCUCCGACCCCUCCUUCGCAAAAUGAUGGGCUCUCGCUCCGACGGAGACUAUUCAUCAGGGUUCCCUAGGGCAUCGACCUCACGCCGAGCUGGGGCCAGUGGACAACGACCGGUGCCACUGGACUCCCUUGAUGGAACAGGGCACAGCGAAUUGCGACCGGAUAAACUGGCGGUUGUGGUUACAAAUAUUGAAAGCCAGAGGGACGUGGAUAAUUCGUGGCUGCAACCUUCGAGUCCGAACAGUAGCGAGGAAAGGUUGACCAACGAACCUCCGACCCCCGGGAGAAUGGAAGUCGGCAUUCAUCGUACAUUCGAGGUCACGACGACCGCGGAUCCAUAUGAAGGCGAAGGGUCACAUCGAAUGGUCAAGGAACACCUAUAA